AAGUAUCAAACUGCCCACCUUAUGCAUAUAAUAGGGUGGGACGCAGUGAUUAAGCAUUCAAACUAUGGACGAUGAAUGAGGGGAAAAGGGAAAGGAAUUGGUGACGUUUACGCUUAGUUAAAAGGCACAAAAACAUUGAUCUCCGUAACGGAACCCUGAGGGACCUGGACUGAUAUUGACAAAUCUAUCUGCAGUCAGUGCACGGCUUAACUAAGGUGACUCAAUAACUGUCUGUCACCCAUUAAUUUUAUUAAGUUUAUUGGUAAGGAAUAAACACCAGGUUAAAUGAUCCCUGUUGUGAUUUUUUAAGAAUAUUUCACAGUAAACUGUUAUCCACUAACACAAAACCCACCUGGAGACCUUAAAUCUCCCCAUGUCCUUGAGACGCCCGGGACUGGACCUCAUGGCAUUGAGCUGUGUGCCGGAGUUUUCAGAUAGAAACCUUGUCUGGGGAGUGUGGCCCAUUCGGGACCCCCACCCCCAUCAGUCCUCCCCCCUCGCUCCUCUCCUUGCCCGCUGCUCAGCCUCACUGAUCCCCUGCACAGCCGCAGUCCAUGGCGGUGCGCUUCCUCGCUCUCAUCUCCGUUAGCAGGCUCCGGUCUGCUCCGUCCCGGGCUGCGUCCUCCGCACCUGCCGCCAUCACAUAUCAUCACUGACAUGAAGUAGAAGGCUGCCGUUUAAUCCAGAGUCAUAUCUCCGAGAAUCGAGACGGGGGGCAUAAUGAGCGAGGAUGCGGCGAUCACCCCCAGCUGGCUGAGUCCGGACCCCACGUCCUGGGCCAGCGGCGGAGGGUCUCUGCUCACGGACAACAGCACCGGGGGUCUCGGGGCCUUCCCCUCGGAGGACAGCCUGGCCGCGGGGCCCCUGCCCCUGCUGGUCAACCCCUGGGACAUCGUGCUGUGCUCCUCCGGCACGCUGAUCGCCUGCGAGAACGCCCUGGUGGUGCUGGUGAUCUGGCAGAACCCGGGCCUGCGGGCGCCCAUGUUCCUCCUGAUCGGCAGCCUGGCCCUGGCCGACCUGCUGGCCGGCCUGGGCCUGGUGCUGCACUUCACCUGUGCCUACCUGCUGCGCUCCGACUCGGCCCAGCUGCUCACGGUGGGGUUGGUGGUGGCCUCCUUCUCCGCCUCCGUCUUCAGCCUGCUGGCCAUCACCAUCGACCGCUACCUGUCGCUGUACUACGCGCUGACCUACAACUCGGAGCGCACGGCCGCCUUCACCUACACCAUGCUGGUGCUGCUGUGGGGGCUGUCGCUGUGCCUGGGGCUGCUGCCCGUCACCGGGGUCAACUGCCUGGCGGAGGAGGCGUCCUGCAGCGUGGUGCGGCCCCUCACCAAGAACAACGUGGCCGUGCUGUCCGUCUCCUUCCUGCUGCUCUUCGGCCUCAUGCUGCAGCUCUACGUGCAGAUCUGCAAGAUCGUCAUGCGCCACGCCCACCAGAUCGCCCUGCAGCACCACUUCCUGGCCGCCACGCCCCACUACGUCACCACGCGCAAGGGCGUGUCCACGUUGGCAAUCAUCCUGGGCACCUUCGCGGCGUGCUGGAUGCCCUUCACCGUGUACUCGCUGGUGGCCGACUACACCUACCCACCGCUGUACACCUACGCCACGCUGGUGCCCGCCACCUACAACUCCGUCAUCAACCCUGUCAUCUACGCCUUCCGCAACCAGGAGAUCCAGAAGGCGCUGUGGCUGGUGUGCUGCGGCUGUGUGCCGGCCGGGGUUGCCCAUCGCGCCCGGACCCCCAGCGACGUCUGACCCCCCCCCCCCCCGCCACGUCUGACCUUCCGCUCAGCCCCUUUGGGGCGAGAGGGCUGGGGCAGAGAGGGGUUGCGGGCGAGGGGCUGCGAGCCGCUCCUCCCUGGUGUGUAGAGGGGGAGAGGGGGCUGCGGUGAGGGGAAGGGGGGACUCACAGACAGAAAAGGGGGAGAAACACAGUCCUCACAUGGCUCAGACUGAGCAACAGAACCCCCCAGCGACCGGAUGUUUAUUUAUUUAUUUAUUGUGCUCAGCGUAAAGGGUGCAUCAUGUCUCUUCCAGCAGACGGGUUCUGUCCGGCCGCGUCGGGAGGGAGCCGGCCACGCCCUUCUCCUAUCAGAGGAGCUUUGUGCGGAAACAGCCGCUAUCAGCCGCAGCCGCCGUAAACAGAAUGUGAAGAGCAGCAAUGCUUUUGUUAACAGGUGAUUUUAUUCACCUUCCAAAUUGAAUAGAGAUUAUUAUUAGAGCAUGCAACUCGGCGCCCUUGCGCGUAAAUGUGCUCGACAGCAAAAAGAUCAGCAAAGCCCGUGUGUGUGUGUGUGUGUGUGUGUGUGUGUGUGUGUGUGUGUGUGUGUGUGUGUGUGUGUGUGUGUGUGUGUGCGUGCGUGCGUGUGCGUGUGUGUGUGUGUGUGUGUGUGUGUGUGUGUGUGUGUGUGUGUGUGUGCGCGCGCGCAACGUGUUGGAUGGAGAAGGAGGACGGGGAAGUGGAGGUGAAGGCGGGAGGGCUAGCGUUAGAGACGCAGGCAUGUCCACAAAGGAGCCGCGUCUGGGCCGGGCCGUCUCGUCUCGCUGCUGCACUCUGGACGUGCUUCGAAAGCUAAACCAGCACGGAGGGCUAAAAAUAGCCUCGUCUCUGAUCCGCGCCCAGCGUCCUCCACACCGAGGAAGGAAUCAAAUCGCUCCCCGUUCUCUAUGUCUCUUACCGCGUUUAAUUUUUACUCUAUCUCGAAAAAUGAGUUGUGCGUUAAUUUCAAAGCUCCGUGUAUAACCCCCCGGGCGAUUUGAACCCCUCCACUGCUCCGCUGCAGCGGUGAUCAGGGGAUUUACAGCCGGGUCCUGAAUCUGACCGAGCUAUGGGGGCUGCUAAUCGGUCUGCACAAAGUCUGGUUCUGAAUGUAAUUCUGUUCAUCGAAUCAAUAAUGUUCAAUUCCCCGCAAACAUUGUCAGCAUGUACUGUGCAAUUAAUGUGCAUGCUCGACUUCAAUGUAAUUUGCAUGCACCAAUCACAGAAGGAGUUGAGUCGUUUCUGCUCCACUGUUAACAUGCGCUGUAACGUGAUUGGUCAAACGGGCUAAGAAAGAUGAGAAUUCAUAAUUUUUGUAUGAUUCGAUACCGAUACCGAUCGUGUUGUAACUGGACCAAAAAUCUUUUUAAUCUCAGUCAGUACCUCACGUGUAACAUGAAAUGAGCUAAAAAUCCAUCACAAGACGUGCCAUACUCCGUCAUGCCAUGUUUUAGAGCCUGGGAGAUGAACAGUUUGGUUCUUCCUGCUGGGAGCUGAUUGGAUCAGUGCGUUCUUCAUCUCAUCCACACACCCACUGCCCAGCUGGGAUCUCGGAGUGUCUCAUCCACAGCAUUGCGGUCCGAGUGAUUUGUUAAAAACACACCAUGUGGUUUUCACAAGAGCAUCAAACAGACGGAUCAUGGAAAAGGGUUUCUACUAUUCAUCAAUAUCCUCAUCAGCAAUAACUCGCCCGGCCGCGUUGGUGAUUUUAUAGAUUUGAAGCAAUAGUGAGAGAGCAAUAACAUCCAUGCCCUACAUCUCUUCCUGUCCUGCGUCUGGAUGUCCGACCCCAGUAUGAAUGAGGGCUGACCCCCAGCCCCAGGCAGAGUGGGCCUUUCCUUCAGUUGGAUCCUUACCACUUGGCACUCGGACUCUACCAUUUGGACUGGAAAGGGGAAAUACAUUAAACUGCCGCUCAUUAACUCAUUUGCCACCAAUGCCACUGCCUCAUUCAAUGUGCAAACGGUUUCUGUGACCCACAUUCUGGGCUUUCUUCACGUAUUAUAACUGAAUAGAAUUGUGUAAACCUGUUUGUGGGCUAGUUUUCUGUUGCCUCUGCCUUUUGUGAGCAUCCAAACACGUUUUUCUUGUUCAUUCUUUCUGUGUGGUGUUAGACCGUGUGAACAGGAGCCUCUUGGUGUGUGUUCCUGCACGGGGGCACAGGUGCAUGAUGACAUCCGGGUGUGUGCAUGUGUGUGCAUGUGUGUCCGUGUGGUGGUUCAGCAGCUCAUUAAAUCGCCUUUCUCUCCGGAGAGGAACACAGCUCUGGCAACUUCCUGCUGACCCCUGACCUUGGAGGUUAAUGCUGCCAGUCUUCCUGUCCAAUGAUAAAAGUGGCCUGGUUCUGUGUGUGUGUGUGGUGUGUGUGUGUGUGUGU